AUAAGCGGAAGAAAAUGGAUGGAUGGAUGGAUGUUUUAUUGUAUCGUUGCACAUUCUUGUUAACGAGGAGCAGCUGUUGCUAUUUCUCAAUCAUUUGUGAUGAAGAAACAGAACAUCAUGUAAUUAUGUGACAGAUCAUUAAUUAUUUUUUCUUUUUGUAACUUCAGCAAUGGCAUUAAAAUUUUUAAUCUUUAGUUUAAGCUUUUUAUUCCUCCAUCUAUUAUCUUCCACUUAUCCUUAUCAAAAUUGUGUUCUUUUUAUUUAAUUUUAUUGUUAUUAUUUUUUUCAAAUGGAAAAGAUAUUUAUAUUAGUGCUUUUCCUUCCUUUUUUAGUGUUUAAACCUGAGAGACAAUGUAGAGUGUUACUAAAUGUGUUUAUGUAUUUAUUUAACAGCAGUACAAGGUGUACAGACAGAAGCAGUAGCUAAAUCACCUCAGGAAGUCUUUGGAUACCUUGGAGAAAACAUCACAUUGCCCUCAGGAGUCGACCCAUCAUGGAGUCUCAUCAGAAUUGAGUGGUCAAUAUUUACCAACAACACGUGGAUUGCCACUUAUCGCAAUGGGAAACCAAACACUGAACAUUUCCUACAGUACACUGGGAGACUCACCCUUAACACAACAUCAGGUCACCUAACAAUUCAAAACCUGAAGGAAAGGGAUGCCAUUGAAUACACUGUAGAUCUCCUCAACAGUGAGGGUGAAGACAAAGUAAAUAAGAUUAAACUCACAGCAAAACAAAAGCUUCAGCAGCCAUUGAUCCAGAUAGUCGCGAGCACAUCUGUAGAAAGUGGCUGUUUAAUGGUGGUGACCUGCUCUUCACUGGAUAAGGGUGUUAACCUCUCCUGGAGUGUUGAACCAGUCAGUGUGCUUUCUACCAACAAGAGUCAUCCCAGUGACAGCUCUGCACAGCUUUUUGCAUUUGUCAACACCAAAGAGAACUUUGCCAGUUUUACCUGCAUCUCCAGCAGAGAUACAGAGAGUGUGUCAUCCAUACCUGUCACACCAAAGUGUGAGAGUAAGAUCUGUG